AUGCUGGCCGAUCCCGAGCGAUUCGAGCGGUGGCAAACGUCCCGGGAAUUACGGGGGAUACAAUUGGCAGGGGAGGAUCCUGAUGAUCGGCAGUGGGAAGAUUGGAUAGAUGAUCCGUCGGAGUAUGAUUAUGAGAAUGGCGGGUGGUAUGAGCCUCAACCGGACUGGGAGAAGGGCGGGAUGCCGCGAGAGGCGCCGGAUAUCCCGGAGAGAGGCAUGAGCCGGUCGUUUAAGGAGCUGCUGCUGCGGAUCUUUAAGCCGCAGGACGAGGUGGAGGAGAGCUUGACGUUUGAGGAGCGGGUUUUCAGAUACACGUCUCAGACCACGGCAAAGUUUGUCAUUUUCCUCAUUGCGGUGCCGUGGGCGUGCAGCUGGGUGCUGCAUGACUACAUCCUCACGCCCUUCAUGCACCACUACGCGCACACCACCCCUUUGGUAGCGCGUAUGCUGGACUUAAGGGAGGAGCAGAAGCUCAACAUGAUUGAGCGCCUCAAGCUCGAGAGGCAGCGCAUUCGGUUCGAGGCGGACAUUGGAAAGGCGCCUCCCCUGUCGGAAGAUGGGCUGGCGGCUUAUCUGCAGGAAGAAGCGCGUGAGAUGCGGGAGGAGAUUCGGCACGAGAACGAGGCGGCUUUUGCAUACAUAUUCUCAGACACAGUCGGGUGGCUCAUAUUCGCGUUCAUCCUGUACGCGAACCCGAGCCAAGUGGGCAUCAUGAAGCUCACAGGCGAUCGCAUCUUCACAAAUAUCUCAGACACUGGCAAGGCGUUUGUCAUCAUCCUCUGCUCCGACAUCUUCCUGGGGUACCAUUCAGAGUCCGGGUGGGAGACGGUGGUGGAGAUGUUUCUCGACCACUACGGGCUGGUGGCGGAUCAGAAUUCGAUCUACAUCUUUGUGGCCAUCGUGCCCGUCACCAUCGACUCCUUCUUCAAGCUCUGGGUACGAUUCAUCCGUCUGUCUCCGGUCGUCAGGUGUUCUAGUACCUCGUGCAUCUGUCCCCCUCAGCUGCUGCCACUUUCUGCCCCUCCACCCCUCUCUCUCCCAUAUUAG